CUUAGCACACGGUUCGGUUAAAUCAAACGUUUUCUGUGUUUUGUUUUUUUCGGUCUUUUUGGGGGAGUCGGUCAAGUUCAUCAAGUGAGAGCGGCUGCAAUUCAAAUUAGAAAUUAGUUUAACAAAUUUGUAAAUUAAAUCAAACUAAAAAGCAAGUGUAAAACCUAAAAUGACGGAAUUUGAUUUCGUUCCCAUUGCUGUGGGCGUGGUGGCCGUGGUAGCCGGUGCCCUGAUUGUGCAUUAUUUCCUGAACAAAAAAUCAACGAAACCCAGACGGGAACCCAAUCGUACUGCCCGCCUACGUACUCUAGUCGAUCCCAAUGAUAAAUAUCAAUUGCCAUUGAUUGAAAAGGAGAUACUCAGCCAUGACACACGACGUUUUCGUUUUGGACUGCCAUCUAAGCAGCAUGUCCUGGGAUUGCCUGUCGGCCAGCAUAUCCAUUUGAUAGCCACCAUUGAUAAUGAGCUAGUUAUACGUCCAUAUACCCCAAUCUCGUCCGACGAAGAUGUCGGCUAUGUGGACUUGGUGGUUAAGGUCUAUUUUAAGGAUUCGCAUCCCAAAUUCCCAGCUGGCGGCAAGAUGACACAGUUCUUGGAGCAAAUGGAGAUCGGACAUAAGAUCUCAUUCCGUGGUCCAUCCGGACGUCUGCAGUAUCUGGGCAACGGCACGUUCUCCAUAAAGAAAUUGCGCAAGGAUCCGCCCAAGCAUGUGACAGCCAAACGUGUGAAUAUGAUUGCCGGUGGUACGGGUAUCACUCCCAUGUUGCAGUUGGCCCGUGAGGUUCUUAAGCGCAGUGACAAGGAUAAGACUGAAUUGGCAUUGCUUUUUGCCAAUCAGAGCGAAAAAGAUAUUCUCCUGCGUGCCGAAUUGGAUGAAUUGGCACAGAAGCAUCCUGAUCAGUUUAAGGUUUGGUACACCGUUGAUAAGGCAGCCGAAGGCUGGGCUUAUAGCGUUGGCUUUAUCAAUGACGAAAUGAUUGGCGCCCAUUUACUUCCGGCCAGCGAUGAUACGAUCGUUCUGCUUUGCGGACCACCACCCAUGAUCAACUUUGCCUGCAAUCCGGCUCUGGAUAAACUUGGCUAUCAUCCGGACACACGAUUCGCAUACUAAACUUAACAGACAGAAGAAUGAAGUUAAUCCCAGCCACAGCGAUUUUUUUUUUUCAAUGUUGUUAUUUUUUUGGAGAAAGAAUUUGCAUUUCUGUUUUAUAAUAUAUCAUUUUCAUUAUUAUACGUAAAAGAAAAAUGCUCGAUCCACUGAUAAAGUAUCCAAGAAUACUCAUUCUUACACACACUACUGAUCAGGGAUAUGUGUGGCUGCCUGUGUGUUUGUGUAUGUGUGUGUGCGGUUGUGUGUUGGGCUUUCAAUGUGAGGAAUAAAGUAAUGCCAACAUUA